UAAUCCAUCUUCUUUCGUGUUGACUUCUCCUUUUUCUGCUCCGACAAAGACAUGCGAAUAGAUUGAUGCUAUAUACCUCGAUUAACACUGUCUAAUGGGCAUCAUGCUUUCUACCUGCGGCGGAGAAGGACACUAACAGCAAGAUUUCCCCACCACCAUCCUGUACCAUCACCACCGAAGCGAGCCGGCAGGACGUUAUCCGAGCCAAUAAUUCUCCACAGCUUUUAACUAAACUCUUUCGAGUUUAUGCUCCUUUCGAGCCUACUCCCCAAUGCGACAUAGGUAGUCAGCAACGAUGGUCUGUUCCCCAGACCAUUGGUCUUGGCCGCCGGCCAAGUUAGCGGUGCCUCCAGCUCAAUUACCAACAUAAUAUCAUGCUCUUUGUUGGCUUCAAGGCGCUUUUCUAUUCUUCUGUUUGCUAUUGCUACCACAAAGGCUUGUAUACACAAGGAUGUUGGGAAUAACCUGUUGUGGAUAGGCAAACUGUUUACCAUGACCAAAGACGACAUCGUCCCCCUGGACGACCCAAAGAAAGGCGUCAGUGUUGAAGACCAUCAGGACCAGUUUGCCGCUCUUAACCUUUUCUUUCGCGCGGUCCAGCCUGUCGACAUACGCGUAAAGGAUCUGUCUCUGGAAGUAGAUAUUUCUCCUCCGAUAUGGGAAACUCCCCCGUCGCAGAUAUGGCACCGUCUCCGGGGACAGACGACGACCCCAACGCGCAAAACUAUUCUGGACGGGGUACACGCUUACAUGCCGAGUGGCAGUUUGACAGCCAUCAUUGGCAGUAGCGGAUCAGGGAAGACAUCCCUCCUGAACCUUAUGGCAGGUAGAAUGGGGAUGGCCAAGGUCACUGUCGCAGGCACUACGACCUUCAACGGCAAUACUAACAUUGAAAACAUUCGCAGCGCGUAUGUCAUGCAGGAAGAUGUCCUCAUUCCCACAUUAACUGUUCGUGAGACUCUACGAUACUCUGCUGAUUUACGGCUCCCGCCGCCGACAACACAAGAGGAGCGCUAUCGGAUUGUGGAACAAGUCAUCAUGGAAUUAGGCCUGAAAGAAUGUGCGGACACGCGGAUAGGCACCAAUAUUCACAAGGGUUGCAGUGGGGGCGAGAAGAGGCGAACCAGCAUUGGGGUACAGAUGUUGGCAAACCCGUCGGUACUCUUCUGCGAUGAACCGACCACAGGGCUCGAUGCGACAAGUGCUUUUCAAAUCAUCCGAACGUUGAAACGGCUCGCUAAAAAGGGAAGAACCGUCAUCGUCUCAAUCCACGCCCCUCGCUCAGAGAUAUGGAGACUUUUUGACAAUCUCAUUCUCUUUGAGCAAUGUGGCCAUGUUCUUCCUCCUUUCGUCAACCCAGCGGAGUUUUUAAUAGAUCUCGCGGCUAUUGACAAUCGCACGGAGGAACUAGAAGCUGCGUCCCUUGCGAGGGUUGACCUUCUGAAAUCUUCAUGGAAGGCCAAGGAAAAGGUGGACAGGGAAAUGUGGGAAGUCCGAAAAGACGACGAGAAGAGUAAGGAGUUAGAAGCGCAGGUACAAGACAUACCGAUGGCGCGGGCUGUAUCUUUCGGUCAACAGUUCCGUGUGCUCACGUCUCGUACAUUCAAGACAACCAUUCGUGACCCCAUGGGGGUCGCAGGCAGUCUUCUAGAGGCUGUAGGCAUGGCAGUCAUCAAUGGUUGGAUCUUCCUGAAGCUAGAUGAAAGCCAAGCAGGCAUCCGCUCCCGGCAAGGGAGUCUUUAUACCGCCAGUAGCCUGAACGGAUACCUCAUUCUCCUAUAUGAGACGUAUCGUCUGACGAUCGAUAUACGACAGUUUGAUCGAGAAAGAACAGAGAGUGUUGUGGGAGUCCCAGCUUUCUUGUUGAGUAGACGAGCAGCAAGAUUGCCUUUGGAAGACCUACCUGUUCCUGUCCUCUUCGCGGUCAUAUUCUAUUUCAUGGUGGGCUACCGCCUGAGUGCGGGGCAGUUUUUUAUAUUUCUUGUUCUCACGAUCCUCACCCACUAUAUCGCCGUGACUUUUGCGGCUGUAUCCAUCGGGGUCGCAAGAAGCUUUCCAGGGGCUAGUCUGGUAGGCAACCUCUCAUUUACACUGCAGUCAUUUGCGUGCGGCUACUUUGUGCAGUCAAAUCAGAUACCAGUCUAUGUGCGUUGGCUAAAGUGGGCGGCAUAUACUUUCUAUAUCUUUGGGGCUCUAUGUGCCAACGAGUUUAUCGGCCCAAAUGGACCACCGGAAGGCCAGUUUUACGAUUGCCCCUUCUCUGACGACCCCCAUGAUCCUGCGUGUACACAGUACACGGGUCGGUACAUCAUGGAGAAUCUGGGGUUCCCGCCUAACUGGAUAUGGCGGCCCAUAGUAAUAUUGGUGGCAUUUGCCGUCGGCCAUUACCUGCUGGCUGGCUUGCUCUUGCAAUACAACCGUUUCGCGAUGGAUAUAGCACAAGCACGGAAGGCCGAUAAGGAUAUGCAAUCUGGGACGCAGAAGAUGGCCGUACGGCCCGCGGAGAAAGCGCGCAAGGUUGCCAUAUCACUAGACAAGUAUGCUCUUGACAUACAGAAACGGGGUCUCUUCGGGCGCGGGUCCCAAACCCUGUCUAUCCUCAAGCCCAUCACUGCAGAGUUUCAUUCAGGCGAGCUGAAUGUGAUCAUGGGCCCCUCGGGUAGUGGGAAGACGUCGCUCCUCAAUUCUAUUGCGCGACGACUGCAGGGUUCCUUGAGCACGCAGUACCGGAUCCACGGCGACAUGCUGUACAAUGGAGCUGUUCCAUCAGAGAGCGUUAUCCGAUCUGUCACUUCGUUCGUAACCCAGGAUGACGAUGCGUUAAUGCCGUCCUUGACCGUACGUGAGAGUCUUCGAUUUGCGGCAGGACUACGACUACCUCUGUGGAUGUCACGAGAGGAGAAGGACCGUCGCGCAGAAGAGGUUCUGCUUAAGAUGGGACUGAAAGAAUGUGCCGACAACCUGAUCGGAAGCGAGCUAAUCAAAGGAAUCAGCGGUGGAGAGAAAAGGCGCGUCACAAUUGCCAUCCAAAUCCUGACUGACCCGAAAGUUUUACUGCUUGACGAGCCCACUUCAGGCCUGGAUGCCUUCACGGCGAUGUCUAUUAUUGAGGUUCUGAAGGGACUUGCCGAAGAGGGCCGCACUCUAGUCAUGACCAUACACCAGUCCCGGUCGGAUCUGUUCCAGUAUUUCUCCAGCGUCCUGCUUCUUGCGCGAGGGGGAUACCCAGUGUAUGCGGGAGAGGGUGCAACGAUGCUCGCACACUUUGAGGCACUGGGAUACCAAUGUCCGCAGACCACUAACCCGGCGGACUACGUGCUGGAUUUGAUCACGGUCGAUCUGCAACAAGCAGACCGAGAAGCGAUCACCCGCGAGAGGGCACAGAAACUCAUCCUAAAUUGGGACCACAAGACAUUUGACCUUGGACGGAGGACAUCCCAUAUCGCUACUCCGGCCGAGUUGGGCAGUUUGAAGCGACAGAUGCUCCCAAUCCGGAUCACCUACCCCUUGGUGCUGCACCGGGCAGCGAUUAAUUUUUGGCGACAGCCACCGCUGAUCAUGGCGAGGUCGAUGCAGGUCGUGGGGAUCGCGAUUAUCAUGGCACUGUUCUUUGCGCCACUGAAGAACGACUACGCUGCGGUGCAAUCCCGGAUGGGCUUUAUCCAGGAAUUUGCCGCAAUAUACUUUGUGGGGAUGCUUCAGAACAUCGCGAUCUACCCCAACGAACGAGACGUGUUCUACCGUGAGGAGGCCGACAAUUGCUACUCGGCUGAGACAUUCAUGCUGCAGUACACGACGCUGGAGGUACCGUUCGAGAUCGUGUCGGCCCUCAUCUUCGGUGUCCUGGCCGCAUACGCGGAUAAUCUCGAGCGCAGCGCCAAGAUGUUUCUUAUUAGUGCGUUCAACUGUUUCUGCAUCGUCAGCUGCGGUGAGUCGGUGGGCAUCAUGUUCUGCACACUCUUUUCACACGUCGGGUUCGCGGUCAACGUGACAUCAAUCCUACUCUCGAUCUCGACCAUUCUAGGGGGUGUGAUGAGCCUGAACGUCAACGAGGUUCUCCAGGGAAUCAACCACCUCUCGCCCAUUAAAUAUGCCAUUGCCAACCUGGCACCCUACUCUCUGCGGAACCAGGAGUUUGUGUGCACGCAGGGACAGCGACUGGCGAAUGGAAGCUGUCCCAUCCAGAACGGGCACGAGGUGCUCCAACUCUACAACCUGGACAAGAACGGGGCGAUGAACGUCAUGGCCUUAGGGGUGUGCACGAUCAUCUAUCGGGUAGUCGCUUAUGGGUUGGUGAAGCUGAUGCGGUGGGAAAGGAAAUGAAGCCGUAGACAAAAUGAUAUCAUCCGACCAAUCCGAGGCAAUCCCUAGUAAUGAAGUGUCGGUCGACGUCCGAACCUGGAUUUCUUAGAAAAAUCAGCUUGAAUGAUUUUUGUUCGCCCAAGCGGCCCUUUGCCACCCCUGCCAGUUUUCGCCGUGGGUCUUAAAAAAGACUCUGCAAUGACUCAAAGAACAGAACAACGAUGAGUUACUAGUUCGUAGUCUCAUAGACACGCAAAGAUCAUCGCCCAACCCCUCCUCCUCAAACCGUACCCUGAAACAAAGGCUUCCACAUUGUACAAUUCGAAACAACACCACAACUUUCUAAAGACUGAAAGAAAGAAACAGUACCACCUGCGCCGGGCCCAAGUAGUAGAAAUGACGCAAUGGACCCCCCAGCCUUGACAAGACAUCAGCCAAUCACAGAACAAUGCCCCUUCUCCUCCAAUCAAAGUCAAGCCACACUCCACGAUAUCCAGUGUCGGGGCUCCACCACGCUCACCAAUGGCACUGAGGGACCACGAGCUACCUUACAUAAGCUCUGCGUGGCCCUCAAUGGUGAUUAAUGGUGAUUCGUUGAAGACCCCAAGUGUGGGACAACAGCAAUGGAUUCAUUAAAUGGACCCGACCCACUGUGGCUGUCUGUCCCUUUCUCACGAUAGAUUUCU